GAGCCGUGCUUGUGUUUGCAUGCAGAGCCCUCGUCUCCCCUCCAACUAUUUUAAUCAUUUCAAAAGGGUGGGUCAAGCAGGCAUUUGGCAGCGGCUCCUUUUCUAUAGCUGAGGUGGAGUCAGCCAAUGACCUGCUGCAAGGCUGGAAAAUUUUGCAGGGCAGUUCCACUGGCCGGCCGUGCGGGGCUGUGCCAUUUGGAUUUCAGCACAGCCUCUCGCUCGCUGCUCUCCCCAUUCCUGGCCGCUCUCCCAGCUCGGAGUUCAGCCCAGCCUCGGGCUCAGCUUUCCCUGCUCUCUCCCUGCACUGACAGCCACCAUGGAGGACACCACCUUGCAGAUCAUCGAGCCGCCCACCGUCUCGGAGACCUCGGAGGAGCAGGCGCCCGAGGAGCCCAUCAAACCCGACCAGAUCAACGGCGUGAUGGUGCUGACCCUGCUGGACAAGAUCAUCGGGGCCGUGGAUCAGAUCCAGCUGACCCAAACGCAGCUGGAGGAGAGGCAGCAGGAGAUGGAUAGCGCCGUGACCAGCAUCCAGGGAGAGCUGACCAAGCUGACCAAGGCACACACCACCACCAGCAACACCGUCAACAAGAUGCUGGAGAAGGUGCGCAAGGUGAGCGUCAACGUGAAGACCGUCAGGCAGAACCUGGAGAAGCAAGCCGGGCAGAUCAAGAAGCUGGAGGCCAACGAAGCGGAGCUCCUGAAGCGCAGGAACUUCAAAGUCAUGAUCUAUCAGGAUGAAGUGAAGCUCCCGUCUAAACUGAGCAUCAGCAAGUCCCUAAAGGAAGGUGAAAAGGUGGAGAAGGAAGGUGAGGGUGAGGAGGUCCCCGUGGGUGAGGACCAUGCAGAGGAGGACCACAUCCAGCUCUCCUCGGAUGAGGAGGUGGAGAUCGAGGAGAUCAUCGAAGAGUCGCGGGCAGAACGCAUCAAAAGGAGCGGCAUGAAAAGGGUGGAUGACUUCAAGAAGGCAUUCUCAAAGGAGAAGAUGGAAAAGACGAAGCUAAAGACCAAGGAAAACCUGGAGAAGACCCGCCACAACUUGGAGAAGACCCGCCACAACCUGGAGAAGAGGAUGAACAAACUGGGCACUAAAAUUGUGACUAACGAAAGGAGAGAGAAGAUGAAGAGCUCUCGGGACAAACUGAGGAAGUCUUUCACCCCUGACCACACCAUCUACGCCAGGUCCAAGACAGCCGUCUACAAAGUGCCACCCUUCACUUUCCACGUCAAGAAAAUCAGAGAGGGUGAGGUGGAGGUGAAAGCCACAGAGCUGGUGGAGGUCGGUGGAGAGGAAGGAGAAAAUUCAGACCUGAUGCGUGGGGAGAGCCCCGACAUGCACACCCUGCUGGAGAUCACGGAGGAGACCGACGCGGUACUGGUGGACAAGAGUGACAGCGAGUAGGACAGGCCUGCAGAGCACGAGGGCUGUGGAUGACAGCUGAACACAAUAUCACUCACAUUUCGAGCUCUCCCUGCCCUGGAGCCCCAGGGAAGUGUACACAAUGCAUCCUCCUUACCCUGCAGAGCCGAUGCCGAUCCCCUGCCUGCUUUGUACAAGGUGUAUUUUAUAUUUUAGUUUUUAGCACAUAAACAUUAGCAACACGGAACUGUUUUUCUUACACUACUAAAUCACCCUCGGAGACCAUUCCUGCUGCAGCCUUCUUGCCCCACACCUGAAGAUGUGCUUUGAGUGACAGGGCCCUGACCCAGCUGGAGAGUGCUGAUCCCAAGAAGCUGUACAGCUGAAAGUUCAAGAGUCCUCCAUAAGAAAAACCUGGUGUCAAGAAAGCUUCCUGCAAUAGCCCACCAGCCCACACCACCUGCCCCCCAAUGCCAGGCUCUGCAGCCACCCCACAGGCAAGAAGACUCCCAGCACCCAACCCGGCUGCUCCUUCGGGGGACCAGAGGAACUGGGAUGCAGCUGGGAGGGAAGAGCUGAGCAAAUCCUCUCGUUGGGCAGCACGGGGCAAAGCUGAGCUGGCCUGGGGCAGGUGGGGCUGCUCCUCUCUGCCCUCCCAAGGACUGGGUGGCCUUUGCACAAAGCCACCCUGCAGCUGGGGUGUCACACAGCUGGGGCUCACUGCUCCUCCCCGCUGUGCCCUGGGGCUGUGGCAGGAACAGAGCAAGCUGCAGGCUUCCUACACAGGUUAGGGAUCUGCCAGAGAUGCAGGAGGAGUCCCAGGGCAGGGAGCAGCAUGCUGGGUCUGCUCCCUCCACACCCACAGUGGUGCUGGCAGCAGGCAGCGGGGCCCACACUUGCUGCCCUGGGAGAGGGGGACACCCAGGCAGCGAUGCUGGAGCAGCCACCACGGCUAGGGACUUGUUUCCAGAGGGAUGUGGGAUGCACUGCUGCCAUGUGAGGCUCUAGACCAUCAGAAAGAGGCCUUGACACCUGCCCAGCACCGGACCUGGAGCAUUUCUGAGCAUCUGCUUUCUGCAGGUGUCCUGGCACAGCUCAGGCUCAUGCCCAUGUCCAUGUCCUGUGCCGUCCUCCCUGUGUCCUGCUUUCUGCAGCUUCACUCCGUGCCCUGGGUGAGGCAGCAGGAGGGCAGCACACGGUGCCUCGGGGGCUCUGCCUGGCUCAGCCCAGCUUCUCUCACAUACUCAGCCCCGCUGCAAGCCCCAGCCUCGCAUUCCCCAUCCUGCCCCCCCAGCACCAGGCUGCUGCUGCUCACAUAACCCAAUAUAUAAACUUGCUUUACUUUUAAAGAAUUAUUUUCCUUCAAGCAGUGCUGUCCCAGCCUCGGGGUCCUGCCCCAGCUUCCCUCCCCACAGGAGGUGUGAGCGGUCGGUUCCGUGUGCCGGCUGCAGGCAGCCCUGAUGAGACACCGGCGGCCCCGAGGCUCCCGGUGUGGGAGGCACCGGGCACCGGCUCUCGGCUGCUGGUGCUUCCCAGCCCCGUGUGAGCCCACAGCUCACCUGCCCUCACACAAUCUCCUGCGGGCCCACGGGCCGUUUUUCCACGCGGGUUUUCUCUGAGCUGCGGGGCCAGGGCGGCAGAGGCCCCCGGGUGAUCCUCGCCUGUCCCUGGCUGUGCCCAGGCAGCAGCGCAGCAAUAAAGUCUCUUUUGUAAACCA